UGUUCCCCGCCGCCCCCCGCAGCCCCCGGGGCCUCGUCCGUGCGCCGCGGGGCCGCCUGCGCCCCUUCCUCGGGAGGCGCCAUGGGCACCGUGCACGCGCGGAGCUUGGAGCCUCUUCCGGUCAGCGGGCCUGACUUUGGAGGUUUGGGAGAUGAGGCUGAAUUUGUGGAAGUCGAACCCGAAAUCAAGCAGGAGGUCCUGGAAAACAAAGACGUGGUGGUCCAGCAUGUCCAUUUUGAUGGCCUGGGAAGGACCAAAGAUGACGUCAUCAUGUAUGAAAUCGGAGAUGUCUUUAGGGCUAAAAAUCUCAUUGACGUGAUGAGGAAGGCCCACGAAGCCCGGGAGAAGCUGCUCCGCCUCGGCAUCUUUAGGCAGGUGGACGUUCUGAUUGACACAUGCCAAGGCGACGACGCCCUCCCGAACGGGCUGGACGUCACCUUCGAGGUCACUGAACUGAGGCGGCUGACGGGCAGCUACAACACCAUGGUGGGCAACAAUGAAGGCAGUAUGGUCCUCGGCCUCAAGCUCCCCAAUAUUUUUGGCCGUGCAGAGAAGGUGACUUUUCAGUUCUCCUAUGGAACAAAGGAAACUUCUUACGGCCUCUCCUUCUUCAAGCCUCAGCCUGGAAACUUCGACAGGAACUUCUCUUUGAACCUGUAUAAAGUCACCGGCCAGUUCCCGUGGAGUUCCCUUCGUGAGACAGACAGAGGCGUGUCAGCCGAGUACAGCUUCCCCAUAUGGAAGACGAGCCACACCCUGAAGUGGGAGGCCGUGUGGCGGGAGCUGGGCUGUCUUGCGAGGACAGCUUCGUUUGCCGUUCGCAAGGAGAGUGGACAUUCUCUCAAAUCGUCUCUCUCGCACGCGAUGGUCAUCGAUUCUCGGAACUCCUCCAUCUUGCCGAGGAAAGGCGCUCUGUUGAAAGUGAACCAGGAGCUGGCCGGCUACACGGGUGGGGACGUGAGCUUCCUGAAGGAAGACUUUGAGCUCCAGCUGAGCCAGCAAUUCCUCAUGGACACAGUUUUGUCGGCCUCUCUCUGGGGCGGGAUGUUGGUGCCGAUCGGGGAGAAGCCAUCAAGCAUUGCCGAUAGGUUCUAUCUCGGGGGGCCCACAAGCGUUCGGGGCUUCAGCAUGUACAGCAUCGGACCCCAGAGCGAAGGUGACUACCUGGGAGGAGAGGCCUACUGGGCGGGCGGCCUACACCUCUACACGCCGCUGCCCUUCCGGCCGGGCCAGGGCGGCUUUGGGGAUCUCUUUCGGACCCAUUUCUUCCUCAAUGCAGGAAACCUUUGCAACCUAAACUAUGGGGAAGGUCCCAAAGCUCAUCUUCGUAAACUGGCUGAGUGUAUCCGCUGGUCGUACGGUGCUGGAAUUGUCCUCAGACUGGGCAACAUCGCUCGACUGGAGCUGAAUUACUGCAUUCCCAUGGGAGUGCAGAGGGGUGACAGGAUAUGUGAUGGUGUUCAGUUUGGAGCUGGGAUAAGAUUUCUGUAAUUUUGAAGAAAAACCUGAUCCCAUUGGAGCCAUCCACGAAAGCUUUGGAGUAAAUCACUCACUGCUGUCCACUGUUUUCUUACAGCCUCAAUCUUUGUGUGAUUAUUUAAGUGCAAACUUUACAAGAAACCAUAUUAAUAAAUUUUAAAAAUAAUCCUUCGACA